UGCGCGGGGCUGCCCCGGAAGUGAGCAGUGCGCACGCGCAGUGCCGUUGGCGCCGGCGGGAGCCGCGGCGGUACCGGAGGCGGGCGGGGCGCGGAGCGGAGCGGAGCCUCGGCCGCGAUGCCGCGGGAGAUCAUCACCCUGCAGCUGGGCCAGUGCGGCAACCAGAUCGGGUUCGAGUUCUGGAAGCAGCUCUGCGCCGAGCACGGCAUCAGCCCCGAGGGCAUCGUGGAAGAGUUCGCCACCGAGGGCACCGACCGCAAGGAUGUCUUCUUUUACCAGGCAGAUGAUGAACACUACAUCCCCCGGGCUGUGCUGCUGGACCUGGAGCCCCGUGUCAUCCACUCCAUCCUCAACUCCCCUUACGCCAACCUUUACAACCCAGAAAACAUCUACCUGUCUGAGCACGGAGGGGGAGCUGGGAACAACUGGGCCAGUGGCUUCUCACAGGGAGAAAAGAUCCAUGAAGAUAUUUUUGACAUAAUAGACAGAGAGGCUGAUGGGAGUGACAGUUUGGAAGGGUUUGUGCUUUGCCACUCCAUUGCUGGUGGAACAGGCUCUGGGCUGGGCUCGUACCUGCUGGAGAGACUGAAUGACAGGUAUCCCAAGAAACUGGUGGAGACCUACUCAGUGUUCCCAAACCAGGAUGAGAUGAGUGAUGUUGUAGUCCAGCCGUACAACUCUCUGCUGACACUGAAGAGGCUGACCCAGAAUGCUGACUGUGUGGUGGUUCUGGACAACACAGCCUUGAAUCGGAUCGCGACAGACCGGCUGCACAUUCAGAACCCGUCAUUCUCGCAGAUCAACCAGCUGGUCUCCACCAUCAUGUCUGCCAGCACCACCACACUCAGGUAUCCCGGGUACAUGAACAAUGACCUCAUUGGGCUGAUAGCCUCGCUGAUCCCCACGCCCCGGCUGCACUUCCUCAUGACGGGGUACACGCCACUCACCACCGACCAGUCGGUGGCCAGUGUGAGGAAAACCACAGUCCUGGAUGUGAUGAGAAGGUUGCUGCAGCCUAAAAACGUGAUGGUGUCCACAGGGCGAGACAGGCAGACCAACCACUGCUACAUUGCCAUCCUCAACAUCAUCCAGGGGGAGGUGGAUCCUACACAGGUUCACAAGAGUCUGCAGCGGAUCCGGGAGAGGAAGUUGGCCAACUUCAUCCCCUGGGGCCCUGCCAGCAUCCAGGUGGCUUUGUCCCGCAAGUCCCCUUACCUGCCGUCGGCUCACCGCGUCAGCGGGCUCAUGAUGGCAAACCACACCAACAUCUCCUCGCUGUUUGAGCGGACGUGCCGGCAGUACGACAAACUGCGCAAGAGGGAGGCUUUCCUGGAGCAGUUCCGCAAGGAGGACAUCUUCAAGGACAACUUCGACGAGCUGGACAACUCCCGGGAGAUCGUGCAGCAGCUGAUCGAUGAGUAUCACGCAGCCACACGCCCUGACUACAUCUCCUGGGGCACGCAGGAACAGUGAGUGCCCUGCCAGGAGACAGGAAGGUCCCGUGGCCACACCCACGCACGCCGGCAGGGCUCGUCUCUGCCGUGCCCACGUUUCUCACCCCUCAGCUCGGCGCUGCCAGGCGCGGCAGAGCCCUCGGGAGGAGCUCUGCAGGGAGCCUGCAGCUCCUCAGCGGGGUCAGCCCUCGCCCCACCGUGUGCCCUGGCCCAGGACAGGACUGGGGCAGCUGCGCGCUCUGCUGGGAGGGAACCUCUGCCUGUGGGAGCAACACUUGCUGUAAGGAGGAGGAGGAGGAGAGUGACCCUGAGGCUGGGAACAGGCCUGGCCUCAUGAGUUGGGUGCACACAACCCCCGUGGCCAAAGGCUCCGUGUGGCUGAGCUAGUCCUUGCCCUGGGCAGGAGCCUUGUUCCUUCUUGGCCAGAUCAGGCCUGGGGCACGGGCUGUAUCUAUAUUUUUGUAGGUUAUUUUGCUUUAAUAAAGGCUCUUCCUGCACUGA